AUGAGAGCAUAUCUUUAUGAUAAUAACCCUGGUGAUCCGCGACUCGCCCACGAUUCUGGGCGUGAGGUAAAAGAGGAGACGCUCACUCAGCUUGGCGUUAAAUAUUACCAUAUCGAAAAUGUUGAUGGGGUGAACCAACUCGCAACGGCGCGAGGAUAUAAGAAUCGCGAUGAAGUGACGAUAUCUCCCGAGGCGAUGGGGUCAGUCUACGAAGAUAAAGUGAAGAUGUUUUUUGACGAGCACAUCCACGAAGACGAGGAAAUCAGGUAUAUCCGAGAUGGUCGUGGUUACUUCGAUGUCCGCGGCGCGGAAGACGAGUGGGUCCGCAUUCUCGUCGAGAAGAAUGACCUCUUGAUUCUUCCUGCCGGCAUCUACCACCGCUUUACGACAGACGAUACCAAUACCGGCGACACAGCCGUGAAAUCGAGACUUCAAUUGCCUGCAAGCUGCGACCCGCCGCCCGUAGCGAAUGGUCCCCGCAGACAGCUGGUGUGGAUUGUUUUCGGGGGAACAGGCCAUAUGGGCCGGUCCCUUGUGAAGUGCGCUCUUGCGCGUGGUGAUCGGGUAGCCUCUGUUGGGAAGGUUUUCGAAACAAGUCCGGAGCAUAGAGUAGGCCGCCAGGAGAACUUUCUCGGGGCUCAAUGCGAUGUUCGGGCAAGGGAUUCCGUCUCUCAAGUUGUGCAGCGGACGCUGAGCUACUUUGGUAAGAUUGAUGUGGUCGUGAAUUGCUCAGGGUAUGGUGUGAUUGGGGCCUGCGAAGACCAAGAUGAAUAUGAAGUCCGGAACCAGUUCGAAACGAAUUUCAUGGGGACGCUGCAUAUCAUUCAAUCUACGCUGCCAUAUUUUAGGGAGCAGAAUGCGGGCCGCUAUCUAAUCUUCAGCUCGACUUCUGGGGCACUUGGAGUUCCCGGGCUUGGCCCGUAUUGUGCUACCAAAUAUGCCGUUGAGGGCCUGAUCGAAGCGAUGCUGUAUGAGACCGACUCCUUUAAUGUCAAGGCCACACUGGUGGAGCCUGGCCUUGUAAGGAGAGACGAGCCCGACUCUGUUACGAACCCGUUGCCGACUUGGGGCCACUUCCUCAUCAACCCUAGUAGCGAGGCUUACGCCCACGCGACAUCUCCUGCACUCCACGCAAAACGAAUGGUUCAGUGGCUCGGUGAUAGGCAGCCUACCAGUGUAGUGAAAUGUGCGGAGCUAGUCUGGCAACUCGCACAUUGUUCUUACCCACCACUCAGGCUAUUGCUGGGCAGCUAUGCAAUUGAGAGUAUAAGGGACAGGCUCCGUUCGGUGACUGAGGAGCUGGAAGAUUGGAAACAUCUGAAUUUCCCAGCAGCGCCCGAUACUAGCACAGAGAAGGACGAAAAGGAAAUCUCCAAAUCCGAGCAGGAUGAUGAUAUGGGAGAAACGGGCCAGGAGUUGCACGAUUCUACAAUCACAGCGUCGUAA